AUGUUUGGUUCUAGUGGCUUUGGUGGCUUCGGCCAACAGAACAAUCAGCAGCAGCAGCAGCAGCAGCAGCAGCAGCAACAACAGCCAGCUGGUGGUCUCUUUGGUCAAACACAGCAACCUACUACCCCCGCUCAGACUGGCUUUGGCGCCUCAACAGGCUUCGGAUCUACAGGCGGCUUUGGUGCAGCUCAGCCAGCAGCGCAGACCGGCGGCGGUCUCUUUGGGCAACAGCCAUCGCAAGCACAAAAUCCAUCCUUUGGCGGUUUUGGUGCCUCCAACAACAAUGCUUCCACAACUGGCGCGUUCGGCGCUCGCCCCGCUGGAGCCACUGGCUUUGGCGGUUUCGGUGCACCUGCGAACAACACAUCCACCAGCUCUUUCACCUUUGGCUCGACCCCAAAUCAACAGCAACAGCAGCAGCCCGCCGCCGGUGGCUUUGGCUCGUCCACGUUCGGCUCUACCAAUCCCGCUACCGGUGGUCUUUUCGGAGUACAGCAGCAGCAACAGCCAGCUGCUGGCGGCUUCGGCGCCACGACAGGCGCCUUUGGUCAGCCCGGUGCAGGCGCUGUUCCUGCUCAAAUCACCCAAGGCACUGCCACCGUCCCAUAUGAUCCGGUCCGUGAAGACUUGACCCCUAGCGAGCCCAUCAAGGACCGCAAAAAUUGGGACGUUCAGCAAGCCAUCACUGUCAUGCCAGCUUACGGCCACCACAGCAUCGAAGAGCUUCGUCUCAUGGACUACCAGCAAGGUCGUUCCAAGGGCAACACCGGUCCAGGUGCCACGGCUGCGCCCUCGACUGGCUUUGGCUUUGGUGCUACCAACACCUCCACCGGCGCCUUCGGUCAACCUCAGCAGCAGUCCACUGGCUUUGGUGCUACGCCUUCCACUGGCACUACAGGCGGUCUCUUUGGCCAGCCUCAACAGCAGCAGCAACCCGGUGGCCUCUUUGGACAACAAAACAAUCAGCAGCAAUCCGGCGGCCUCUUUGGCGCAAAGCCUGCCACUACCGGCUUUGGUGCUUCGACCUCGACAGGUGGUCUUUUUGGUCAACAGCAGAACCAGCCACAGACCGCCAGCCUCUUUGGUCAACCGCAGCAGCAACAACAGCCCUCUUCCUCCUUUUCAUUUGGCUCGCAACCUCAGCAGCCUGCUGCUAACACUGGUUUCACCUUUGGAGCCAACAACAACAACAACAACAACCAACAACAGAACAAGCCUUCAUUCGGCUUCGGCGCUUCCACCACCCAGCCCGGCCAGACCGGCUUUGGCUUUGGCGCCAACAGCAACCAGCAACAAUCGCAAACGGCCACCGGCUUUGGUGCUGGCACCACCGGCACCACUGGCGGCUUUUCUUUCGGCCAGAAGCCUGCAACCGGUGGCCUGUUUGGCGCUACCACCAGCCAACCCGGUCAGACAGCCGGCGCUACCUCGACAUUUGGUGGCUUUGGCGCCAAUAAUAGCGCAGCCACGCAAAGCAAGCCCACCUUUGGCUUUGGCGCAGGUGGAGGUGGAGGAUUUGGCGCUACUUCUGCCGCUGGAACCGGCACCACCACGGCUCCUACUGCCACUGGUGGCCUUUUCGGCGGGGCGAGCACAACUCAGCCCAGCACCGGUGGUCUCUUUGGUAGCACCAACACAGCCUCAGGCGGCGCCGCCGGUACGACGGGAGGCUUCAGCUUCGGCGCCAACAAUAAUCAGAAUCAGUCGGGUCAGACGGGCUCCACUGCUGGCUUUGGUGGUGGUCUUUUCGGAGCCAAGCCUGCGGGUCAGACGGGUACACAGUCAGCCACUGGCGGUCUCUUUGGCAGCACCGGCACCCAGACCGGUCAGCAGGGCAGCACUGGAUUUGGUGCUGGCACAUCGACAGGUGGAGGACUGUUUGGCAGCACCGCCAACAAGCCUGCCACUGGCGGCUUCUCCUUCGGCGCAGGUGGCGGAUCUUCGCUCUUUGGCAGCAAUAAUCAGCAAAACAACCAGCAGCAAGGCGCCGGUGGUCUUGGAACCGGCUUUGGUCAGACGCAGAGCAACACCAGCGGCGGUCUCUUCGGUCAAUCGAACCAGAACUCCUCAGGUGCUACCGGUGGAGGCCUCUUUGGUGGUAACAGCAGUGCGGGCGGUUCGUCGCUUUUCGGCAACGCGGGCACGUCCAACACGGCCGGUGGUCUCUUUGGCAACUCCACCCAGAACAGCACUGGUGGCAAUCUCUUUGGCGGUCUCGGUGGUGGGCAGAAUCAACAAGCUUCGGGCGGUCUGUUUGGUCAGUCGCAGCAGAACCAGCAACAGCCCGGGUUUUCGCAAAACCAGCAGCAGCAACCUACGGUUCAGGCAUCACUCGACUCGAACCCCUAUGGCACCGACAGCCUGUUCGCGUCCAACCCGAUCAACGGCACAGCUGGCGGCUCGACAGCUAACGGAGCUUCGCUGCCCUUCAACGUGGCACCCAAGAACAAGCCGCCUCUCACUACGCCCUUCCGCUCCAGCCCUCGUGGGGCCAACAAGAUCAACCGUCUGCGUGGCUCGACACCCGGUGCUUCCGGUCUCGGCAGCUCCAGCUUUGUCCGCGAAGGUACCCCUGGCUCUUUUCGAGAGGGCACGCCUGGCGCUCAUGCUCGCUUCGGUACGCCAGGACGGGCCGGCUCGCCUGCUCUUUUCAAAGGCUUGAGCGACGAGUACAGCCAGCCGCUGUCCUCGCAGGCGUUCGUUUCGCGGCCCUCAGCCAAGCGUUUGGUAUUGGACGAUGCGGGCGAAAACAGCUUCUCGGUCUCGCGCAUCGGUCGCAGCGGCAGUGUGCCUCACUUCGACUCUGGUAGCAGCCCAGCGGUCGGCUCGCUUGGAGCUUCAGCUUUCCGCAGUGGCACUGUUCAGCCCACUUCGGCUUCGCGUGUCACGUUCAGCCCUGCCCUUGAGCAGCGUGCGGAAUCCGUGCGUCCAGGUGGAGGAGAUCUUUCCUUUGCCUCUUCGCUUCCCUCGCGUCGCGGCAACUUUUUGGGUGGAGCCUCUUCUUCUAGUAUCAUGGAAGAUACCCCGCUUAAAAUCGUUUCGGCUGCUGCUGCCAAGGCUGGUGCGCCGCGCCAGGGUCGCGACCUCGAGUCGUCCUUUGCUGCACCCACUAGCAUGAACGCUGCCGCCACCAACGGAUCUGCUCCUUCGUCCGGUAAGGUGGGCGAAUACUACACCGAACCCUCGCUUUCCGCUCUGCGCACCGCCAAUUACAACGAGCUAGCUGCUGUGCACAACUUUAUUGUCGGUCGCAAAGGUGUCGGUCAGAUCGAGUUCCUCGAACCCGUUGAUCUCACAUCAAUCGAAGAUCUCAAUGAUAUUGUGGGCGGCAUCGUCCAGAUUCGACUCAAGGAGGUCGUCGUCUACCCUGAGGAGGACGACUAUGACCCGCGUAAUCCCAAGGAUGGAGCCAAGCGCAACUUCUUGCCCGGAGCCAAGGCUAAGCAGGGCACGGGACUCAAUGUACCUGCUCGCGUCAGCCUUGAGGCGUGCUGGCCUGCCGAUCGCGCUACGCGCGAGCCGAUCAAAGAUGCUGAGCAUCCUCGCGUCAAGCAGAUGAUCAACAAGCUCAAGAACAAGCCUGAGACCGAGUUUGUCGAUUUCGAGCCCGAGUCCGGCACGUGGACUUUCAAGGUCAAGCAUUUCAGUCGUUACGGGCUGGACGACUCGGACGAGGACGAAGAAGGUGCCGAUGCCGGCGCUGGUGCCAAGCAGGCCGCUGCUGCUGCCGCCAAGGGGAGUAGUGGCACGAGCGCCAACCGCCCUGCCAGCAAGCGUCUUGCUCCGAUGACCAUGGAUCAAGACGGCCUCUCGGAUGAUGGCUCGAGCGAUGCAGACGAUUACGACGAUGAUGAUGCACCGCCUCCAUUGCGGACGCUCGACGAUGGCGAUAUGGAUUCGGACGACGGCGCGAACCAAGCUGCGGCAGCUGCGGUUGCUGCUGCCAAGCGUCGUCAGCAGCGCCAGUGGACCCCUUCCUCCAGUGUCGCCGGUCGAGAGCGUGAUGGCAGCGCAACGCCGUCGCGAGCCAUGACACCGGUGGGUAACGCCGCCGAGGCGCGACGUGUGCAGGUGAUGCAGGCGAGUUUUUUUGGGCAAGACGACAGUAAAUCAGCUUCCGCUGCUGUCGUUCCUGACAAACCAAUGGGAGCCAGCCUGAGCCACAAAAGAACGCUCAAUCUUCGGCCAUCGGUCGCCUCACUCGACAAGCCUGCCGAUCCACAGCCUCUGACGGCUAAAGACCGCAAGAUCGAGUCUCACCCCCCUGAGCCUCGAAAAGCGACAGUGCAAGAGGUGCAACAGCCAGCAAAGAAGCUGCGCAAGCUCGAUGUGGCCAAAUCGGAUGCCGUGGCCGCGGAUGGCGAGACGCUCGAUGCCGGCAUGUCGCUCGGACGCAGUUUUCGAGUGGGAUGGGGACCUGACGGCACUUUGGUGCACAACGGCAGGAUCGUUGGAGGUGGCAACUUUGGGUCCGUGAGUUCGUCGGCUGCUGCCAGGAUGGAGACCGAUGCAGCGGCGUCAGCAAACACUUCGACACUUGUUCUGGAGAAGGUCAAGCUCUUCAGGGAUGCCGAGACCACCGCAGAAGAAGCCAUCAAGGCUGAGAAGCUGCUCGGCGUACAACUCGAACACACCAAUAUCGAGCUCGACGAUGACGGCAUUCCGACCGCCCAUACCAACUUUGCCACGCGCUUUCGGCACUUUGCCUCGUCAUUCGAACACAAGGAUCGCAGCUUCGAGGCGAGCUUGUGGCGACUGGGCGUUGCGCUCUUUGACGAGAUCAAGCUGCAUAUUCCCGAGGGCGCGCCGACAGCGACAGCUGACCGCAUCCGGAGCAUGCGUCGCAAAGCAGCGGUGUCCGACUGGCUGCGUCACACCGUGGCUGGCGCGGUUGAGACGGAAGCACGUUCGCACAUCGCCGCUUCUCGACGCGCGGCCUUGCUGUUUAGCUUGCUGAGCGGCAACCAGGUUGAACGCGCUGUCAAUGCUGCGCUGGAUGCCGGCGACCUGCGCCUGGCGACGCUGAUCGCACAGGCAGGUGGUGACGAAGAGGUGCGAGCCGAAAUUAGCGAACAGCUGCUGAUUUGGCGUAAGGAGGGAGUGGAUGCCCACAUUACUCGCGACCACCGCCGCGUGUACGAGCUGUUGUCGGGCAACGUACUCGUGUCGAAAGGCACCGACUCGCGAACAACCAAAGAUCCCAUCGACCAGGUGAGCGAUCUGCCUAUCUGCGAAGGACUCGAUUGGAAGCGCGCGUUUGGCUUGUUCCUCUGGUACGAGUCGGCGUACGAAGCACCACUAGAGCACUCUUUUGAACGAUAUGAAGCGCAAGUGGCGCCUUCGGCGUCUACGAACGCAGGCAUCGCGCCACCUCUGCCUUGGUACCGCGAGAGUUCGAGUGUGGGUGCGACGCGUCUGCGUCAGCUGCUGCAGAAAGCUGGAGGCUACGACCGAGAUGCCUUGUUCGAGCUACUGAAGCUGUACGUGGACCCGACGUAUGGCUUGGAACCAGCACUUAAUGCUUGUGCGUUUGGCGCGUCCAACAUGGAUGCGCGACUGCCCUGGCACUUGUACAAUCUGCUCUCGCGCGUGCUGCAACGACGUGACUUUGGCGACCGAAUCGAGCUCGGUCUUGUCGAUGAUGGUGACGACGGCAUGCAAGACGACCAAGACAGUGACGGUGUCAUGCUCAACAGUCAAGUAGCCAAGUCCAAGGCGGUGCAGGGCAACUCUGCACGGGCAGACAUGCUAGCGUCUUCGUACGCCACCCAGCUUGAGCUUAUGGGACUUUGGAAGUGGUCUGCCUUUGUGCUGUUGCAUCUGGAGCUGGGCGAGAGCAGGCAAGCUGCGAUUAAAGCACUGCUUUCGCGUAAUGUAGCCAAACUCAACAGCGAGCGCGGCUUCUUGUGCGAGCGACUGCUGAUCCCCGAAUCGUGGUUGUACGAAGCGAAAUCGUACGAGGCACGUGCGCGAGACGAUCGGUACAGCGAGUACCAACUGCUUCUCAAGGCGAACAAUUGGACGGCAGCGCACAACGUUGCUGUACUUGAUUUGGCGCCAGAAGCCAUCAUCAGGGGAGAUCACGAGCUCGUCUCUGUUCUCUUUUCGCCCUUCUACCUGGAAGUGAGUGGAGAUCCAGCGGACGAGGUUGCCGGCUGGGCGGAUGGAGCAGCGCUGUACAUCGACUACGUAGCCGCCUCACGCGAGAUCCCUGGUCUAGCCGCUUUGCUCUCUGAUCGCGCUACGCGCGAUUUGGCACUGGAAAAGGCCGAACGGUAUGCUUCUAGACUUGCUACGCUUGCAUCUGGAAUCAACUCGUUGCUGUCGCUCCGCUCCGCCACGGCAUCCUGUUUCACCUCGAAAGCCAAAGCGGGCGAAAGAACGCUAAUGGUAGCAAGAACAGAAAUGAUCGCCGGUAUUACCAACCUCGCUCGUAUUUUGGUCAACAUUGCCACCGCCACUGCGGGGUCGGCGGCGGCAGGAGUGGACGAAGAGGCCAAGGCGAAAUUGGAAGCGAUGGGCGCUAGAAUGUUGAGCAGCGGCGCUGUAUCUGGUGGCAAAGACGGCGAGCAGGGUGGGUGGGAUACGGCGGCGUUGGAGGUGGAUGCGGUUCAGGCAGCCGCAGAUGAUUAUUUGAACUCGCUGAUCGGCAUCGCUUGA